CAAGAAUUGAGAAAUUACGUUUGAAAUUAAGAACAAAGUGUAUUUAUAAAAGGAAUCAUAUUUAGUUAAAAAAUGAUUUCUUUAAACAAUUUAAUCAUUUAGUUGCCCUUAUUUUUUAGCAAUUUUCUAUUACAUUAGGUAGAUAUCGUUUUAAACCUGAUAAAUCUACUCUCAGUGUAAUCAGGCGAAUUUUGCGAUAUGGCAGUUGACCAAUAAAGCUUAGACUUAGGCUAUUAAUAUUUAGUGUAUACAGAUGCCAUCGUAAAUAUAAUAACUUAUGACGAUACAUAUUUAUAUGUGCCAUAGUUUUCUAAUUGCGUGAUCUUUGCAAAGAUUGUGGAAAUGUUUCGUACUACCAGAAAUAGAAGGUUAGGACGAUUCUAACAACAGUAUUUGACGUGUCAGUGCAAUUGCAAAUGGCGGGUACCAAUGGUGACAUUUCCUCGAUAGGGAAGAAAAUCGAGAAAUUAGCGAUAUCCGUAGAGGAAUCGGUGAAAAAUGAAAAUGAGACAGAAACUGGGAAGAAAUUGGAAUCCCGACUAUGGGGUUUCGAGACCAGAGAACUGUAUAAAAUCGCCGUCAAUUUCUACAAAGAAAAGGAAGGUAAAGCUGUUCAUCUGUCCUAUGAAGACAAAUUGAAACUGGUAGCUUUUACUCAACAAGUAACACAUGGAAAAUAUACAGCAGAAAAUGCACCAUCUUUGGGUGUAUUAGAUGUGAUUGGAAGGGAUAGACGCUUAGCAUGGCAAAAUCUAGGAGAUAUAUCAAAGGAACAGGCGAUGGAGGGAUUUAUAGUUUUGUUAGACAAGCUAUGUCCCUUGUUUAGAACAGUUGUCGAAGCUCAGAGGAGAGAUAUUGAAGAGAAGUUGCGGUUGAAAAAAGAGGAGGAAGCAAGGAAAUUAGAAGAAGAGAGGAGGCUAAAAGAAAUAGAUGAACAAAAAAAGAAAGAAGAAGAAGCUAGAUUAAAAGAGGAAAUACAGAGGAGACAAAUUCAAGAUGCCUUAAAUCAACAAACAUAUUAUCAGUUCAAAAUGUAUGCGGAGCAACAGUAUCCUGGGAAUCCAGAACAACAAGGUGUAUUAAUAAGGCAGUUGCAAGAACAACAUUAUCAUCAGUAUAUGCAACAAUUGCGUCAAAAUCAAUUGGUUAUAGAAGAUCAAAUUCCAGAAAUGAACACUGCCACAAUAGAAAAUUCUCAAAAGGAGGAGCACAAAGAAACAAAUGAGACAGCUCCAUUGAAUGAGGAAGAUUCGGAUGAAUUACAGGAUGAUUGCCCACCUAUAACUCCAGCAGAGAUGUGGACUAGGAAAGGUGUGGAAGAAUUCAAAGAAACCAUUAGAAGGGAGGAUGGUGAUGCAGUUAUUAAAGUUGGACAUGGAGAAACAGUAACUGUUAGAGUGCCAACACACGAGGAUGGUUCUUGUUUGUUUUGGGAAUUUGCAACAGAUGGCUAUGAUAUUGGUUUUGGAGUAUAUUUCGAAUGGUCAAAACCAGAAACGAAUCAAGUAUCAGUACAUAUUAGCGAGUCCGAAGAUGAGGAUGAAGACGAUGAUGAUUAUGAAACAAGAGAUGAUUUAGAAAGUGGAAUAACAAAUAGUACAAUACAGUCUGACUAUAAACCAUUGCCACCACCUAUAAGUAUUAUAGUACCUGUAAGUAUAUCAAUUUACUUUUUAACUUUAGAAAUAGGAAUAGAACAAUUUUCAUGAUAUUAGUAUUUUUAUGCUGCUUGUUUUUAAAGAUUUAUAGGAGGGAUUCACAAGAAGAAAUCUAUGCAGGAAGUCAUAGAUAUCCAGGACAGGUAAAUAAAAAUAUAUCUUUGAAAGCAUCUUAUGUUUGCAAAUUCAAACUAUUAUGCCGCUUGUGUGUUUUUAUUUAUUACAGGGUGUGUAUCUUCUUAAAUUCGAUAAUUCAUAUUCACUUUGGCGAAGUAAAACGCUUUAUUACCGGGUCUAUUACACACAAAAUGGCUACGUGAAAAAUUAGCUUUAUUAAGGAUUCACUGAUCGUACAAUCGUUGAGAACUAGCCUGAUGCGAUAAUUUGCCGAUAUUGCUAGUCCGACUAAAUGAAAAGUCCUAUAUGUUAUUUCUGUUUACUUAAAAAAACGGCAAGUGUUUGCAAGAAAAAACAAAUAUAGCUAUUAUAAUUAUGUAAAGACACUUUAUUGUUUAAUGUGGCAAGCAAAGUGGGCACAAGUAAAAAUGAAAGGUUCCUAUCGUUCCCUUUCCCAUUGAUGUUUAUAAAAAAAAAAAAAAACAAAAAAAACAAAAAAAAACGCAAGAAAUGAAGUGUUGUAUGAACGUUGGUAACAACAGUAAAUCGUGUAUCGUAAAUAAUUACUUUAAUAAUCCGAUAUAUUAGUGUCGUACUCGAUUGUAUAUUAUGUCAGUAAUGUAUCGGUCGGAUUAUGCAUAAUAAUUGUUUUCUUUUAUGGUAAAGAUUUUAGUCUUUGUUAUUAUCUCACUCGUGUCUGUAUCUUAUACUUUUAUUAAUAUUAUCCCACGUUUUAGAAAAAUACAUUAAAAUUAAAAUAUCUUGGUAUUUUAUUUUUUCCUCGUCGUAGCUUUUGUGUAAAAAGAUUAAUUAAAAGUAGCAAGUACUUCGAGGAAACAAGUUUCCUUUUCGUGUCAACGUUUAUUGUACUAUACCAUACCAUAUCUUUUACUUUUUUUUUUUUUUUUUUUUUUUUUAGUUUUUACAAGACUGA